AUCAUAAGGGUUUGUGGGCACUCCGAGCCCUAUCCUUUAACCGAAAGGCGCUAGUGCGCUUUGGGGGGUGCCGUCAAUGGUACGGCCGGCCAGCCGCACCUGCCGUGCAGAUGCAGCUUGCCAUUACGGCUGGGGGGAAGAGCCUUGUGUGCAGUGCUAGGCCACGGACUGACGUACCUCGAGCUGUUUAUUAUUACUACUAACUACUUACUCUGCUCUGUUCUCUCUCUCCUCAUAGCUUGCUUGGCCAACAGCGCGGGCAGUCCAAGCAUUCUUUCAAUUCCUCUGACAUCCGUCGACACUGCCAUCAUGUCGAUCGCUGCCCCGAUCAUCACCUUCAAGGCUGGUAUCUGUGACCUUGAUACCUCUGCCAACCCGCCUCUAGUAAAGCCGAAAGACACGCCAGGCUACAUAUAUCUCUACUCUGAAGAUGAUCUUAUUCAUUUCUGCUGGCGCCCGCGGUCUGCUCCUCUUACUGAUCCUGAAGUGGAUCUCGUGAUGGUACCGUCCGACGGUACCUUUGCACCGUACCGACAGACAGCUACGAAUGGGCGCAUCUUCGUCUUGAAGUUUUUGUCCAGCUCUCAGAGAUACUUGUUCUGGCUCCAAUCAAAAAGCCAGCAUGAACAGGGCGAUCUCACAUGGUUCAGCCCGCGAGAUCUGAAGCUGGGCGAAAUUGUCAAUAGCCUAUUACAAGGAGAAGAGGUCGACGUCGAAACAGAAAUUGCCAACAUUCCUCGCAAUGAACCCGGCGAUGGCGAUGAUGAUGCCACUAUGGAAGAUGUUGAAGGAACACAUCACGGCGGCGAACAUCGUGGAAGUGGAAGCGGCGGUGCUGGCUUUGAUGCAACGGGAGGCGAUAUCCGCGAAGAGGGCGAGGAAUCUCGCGAAGGGGGUGCGGACGGUGGUCGAGCGGCUACUGUUCCACAAUCCGACCCGUCGUCUGUGAUCCAAGGCCUGCUACAGUCCCUUCAAGGAAAUCAAAACAUCCAAUCCCCUGCCCCAGAAAACUUGUUCACCACCCUUGCCGACCUACUUUCGCCCUCGUCGACGAUUCCGAUGGUCGAAUCCGCCGACGAUGAGAAGGUUAACAACUUACUGAACUUCCUACCGCCGUCUCUCCUUCUCCUGGCGCAGGAUAUAGACGACAUACCUGCAGCAGAUAUUAAUGCCGAAACUGCCCAAGCCGUACUGAUGUCGCUCGAUCUCAGCCAAAGGAAGGAUAUCCUGAAGCGUGUUUUGCGUUCUCCGCAGUUCACGCAAAGCCUGGCGAGUCUUACCGUUGCUCUCCGAGACGGUGGCUUACCCAGCAUCAGUGAAGCUCUCAAGAUCAAAGUCGAAAAUGGGGGGUUUGUCCGAAGAGGUGGGGUGCCAUUGGGUGGAGGAGAUGCUGUCGAGGCAUUCAUGGAUGGGGUCCACAGGCAAGCCACAGGGGGAAAUUCUGGAACGGGAGGUGACACUAUGGAGACGGAUCAAUCCUAGACUUGGAGGACUCCUUACCAUGAUAUACCAUGCAUAAUGCCAUUAGUACCAUACUGUAGUACCAACUGCAUACUGUAUUACUGGGAUCGACUCUCCUGUAGCGUCAUUAGCAUGCAUUGUAGAGAUGGUGACUGUGGCUGAGUUCAACUGUCAAGGUUGGUGAGACAAUUGUGGUGCUUUCAGCCAAUGGGAGCGGUUCGUCGAGUGGGUGAGAGUUGCAGACGGGCCUCGGCGCUGGCUAUUUUAAUAAACUUUUAUUAGAACUCAGGACUGUUAACUCAGGGCUAGAGACGAGCCCCUUCUCAUCCAUUUAGUGACAUCCUGUAGUAUCCAAUAUCGUGCUCAAUACCCUUUAUGCCGACAAUACUUGCCAAUUAGGAUGACCUAUUAACU